UAGGGAGGGGUCUGGGACAGGCAGCUCAGUGGGCCGCGAUUUCACAUCGGAAACAAAACAGCGGCCGCUGGGAAGGAAACGUCGGUUGCGAACAGGCUCCCCCAGCCUGGAAAGAGAAGACCUAAUCUUGGAAUCUGCAAGUGACAGCAGCCCUCAAGGUCCUUCAACAGCUUGGCCUGGAAGAGAACACAUGAAAGAAAGAACCCCAAGAGGCUUUGUUUUCUGUGAAAAAGUAUUCCUAUAUAGUUGCUCCAAUGACAGAGUUACCUGCACCCUUGUCCUACUUCCAGAAUGCACAGAUGUCUGAAGACAACUACCCGAGCAAUACUGUACGUAGCCAGAAUGACAGUCGAGAACGCCAGGAGUUCAAUGACAGGCGGAGACUUGGGAACCCUGAGCCAAUAUCUAAUGGCCAACCCCAGAGUAACUCACGGCAGGUGGUGGAACAAGAUGAGGAAGAAGAUGAGGAGCUGACAUUGAAAUAUGGUGCCAAACAUGUCAUCAUGCUCUUUGUCCCUGUGACCCUCUGCAUGGUAGUGGUUGUGGCUACCAUCAAAUCAGUCAGCUUUUAUACCCGGAAAGAUGGACAGCUAAUCUAUACCCCAUUUACAGAAGACACCGAGACUGUGGGCCAGAGAGCCCUGCACUCAAUUCUGAAUGCUGCCAUCAUGAUCAGUGUCAUCGUCGUCAUGACUAUCCUCCUGGUGGUUCUUUAUAAAUACAGGUGCUAUAAGGUCAUCCAUGCCUGGCUUAUUAUUUCAUCUCUAUUGUUGCUGUUCUUUUUUUCAUUCAUUUACUUAGGGGAAGUGUUUAAAACCUAUAAUGUUGCCGUGGACUACAUUACAGUUGCGCUCCUGAUCUGGAAUUUCGGUGUGGUAGGAAUGAUUUCCAUUCACUGGAAAGGUCCACUUCGACUACAGCAGGCAUAUCUUAUUAUGAUCAGUGCCCUCAUGGCCCUGGUAUUCAUCAAGUACCUCCCUGAAUGGACCGCCUGGCUCAUCCUGGCUGUGAUUUCAGUAUAUGAUUUAGUGGCUGUUUUGUGCCCAAAAGGCCCACUUCGAAUGCUGGUUGAAACAGCUCAGGAGAGAAAUGAAACUCUCUUUCCUGCUCUCAUUUACUCCUCAACAAUGAUGUGGUUGGUGAAUAUGGCUGAAGGAGACCCAGAAGCCCAAAGAAGGGUAUCUAAAAACUCCAAGUAUAACACACAAAGCACAGAACGGGAGGCACAGGACACUGGUCCAGAGAAUGACGAUGGCGGCUUCAGUGAGGAAUGGGAAGCCCAGAGGGACAGUCAUCUGGGGCCUCAGCGCUCUACACCUGAGUCUCGGGCUGCUGUCCAGGAGCUUUCCAGCAGCAUCCUAACCAGUGAAGAUCCAGAGGAAAGAGGAGUAAAACUUGGACUCGGCGAUUUCAUUUUCUACAGUGUCCUGGUUGGUAAAGCCUCAGCAACCGCCAGUGGAGACUGGAACACAACCAUAGCCUGUUUUGUAGCCAUAUUAAUUGGUCUGUGCCUUACAUUACUACUCCUUGCCAUCUUCAAGAAAGCAUUGCCAGCUCUUCCCAUCUCCAUCACCUUUGGGCUUGUUUUCUACUUUGCCACAGAUUACCUUGUACAGCCUUUUAUGGACCAGUUAGCAUUCCAUCAAUUUUAUAUCUAGCAUAUUUGCAAUUGGAAUCCCAUGAAUGUUUCUGCUUUGACUAUAAUAAAAUCUGGGGGAAACAAAGGUGAUUUUCCUGGGUCCCCAUCUAACAAAGUCAAGAUGCCUGGCUGGACUUCCGCGUCUUCCUUCCAAGCUUUCCCAACCACCUGCACUGUUGGACAUGGAAGGAGGUGUCUACAGAAAAUGGAUUUGAACUUACUUCAUCAUGGUGGACUAUGUCCCUCGGUGCAAAAAACUUACCAGAUUUGAGGGAAAACACAAGGAAACAUGGUGGGCUAAGAAGUCGCUGUGCUCCACCAGCAGUGAGACCCUUGGUCACGGGAGAUUUUACCAACACUACGAACUCUCAGGACUACCGUUACCAAGAGGUUAACUGACAUGGUUUAAACCAAACAGAGCUCUUCAUCUUAGCCUCCAUGUUGAAAUCACCGUAGUAAAUGUGUAUUGAUUGAAUUAUGAACCUUUGCAGGAGGUACAUGAGAGUAGGCACCAGCAGCACAAUGGCAAGGGGGCUCAUUUCCAGACUUUUCUGCUGCAGACUUUAAAUUUUUAAAUAAGACCCCACACACUUUGAGUCACAUUAUAUGCAUAUGUUGAUUUUAAAAUUUUUGUUCUCAAGCACUGAACCUCAUUACCAUCUGUUGCCAUUUCUUCCCAAGAUGAAUCUGAACUUAUUUGGGGUUGCUUUAUCCUGAAAGUCUUACCUCGGGUUCCAAAUUUAGUAAUUUCUGGAAAUAAUGGAACUGUUACUACUCAACGGUUCCCGAACAUCCUUAAAUAAAUUCUGGAUUUUCCACCAGAUUCCUAAAUUUUAGGCACACUUGUAAACUCAUUUGCCCCCACAUGCCUUCUGCCUGUCUUUCCCUUUCCCUCAGCAGCUUUCUCUGACAGCAAAUGAGACAGCUCUGACAUGGUAGCAGGUGAUUUGGUUAACCCAGGGUUUUCCUCUUUUUAUGAUGCAAAGAAUGUGUCAAUGAAUCAGUGUGUCAUCUUUGCUGUCACAGCUCUGUUGAUGGCAAGUAAGAUGUGUGCCCAAAGACAGAAUUAAAGAAGAGUAAAAUGGCUGGUGAAGCACUCUUUCCUGGUUUUUCUUUUGUUACUACAGCCUAGUUUAAAUUAGGGUUGGGGUGUGGCUCAAUGGCAGAGCACUUGCCUAGCAAGGCUCUGGGUUCAGUCCCCAGCACUGCAAAACAGAACCAUAGAAAUCUAAUUAGUGGCCCAACAGUGGUGGUCUGUACACCUAUGAGCCGUUUUUAUCUGUUCAAAGCAAAAUUUUAAAAAAGCCAUUUUUUAUUUUUUGGUGAGUGGUGAGAGAACCUGGGGUCAGGAGGAGAACCAGCAGCCAAGCAGAGAGAAAAGGGCCUCGCAUAGCCAAGGGGCAAAGUGAGCUCCCAGCCUGGGCAGAUGUGAAGGAGGAGAUCCAGGUUGCUCCUCUGGAGCCUCACAAUGGGUGUUUUGUUGUCACCUGGCUGCAU